AUGUCAAUAUAUCGUAAGGGUCAUGUAUAUAGCCGCGGCGACGGCAGCGGCGGCCGCGGCCCAGUAGUGCCCGUGUCUGCCCCCUCCACCUCGUGCUGCGGCCCUCUCCCCCAGCGGCCAGCUCGCUCCUCCAGCGCCCUGCCCGCGGGCAGACCUGUUGCCACGGUGCGGAGGACCCGCCAGCGCAAGACGCCGCAGCUGCGCCGUUCGCUGACCGCACACUCUAUAUCCGUGCCUGACCCGGAGAUUACGGGGCGCUGCAUGCUGCACAGUCGCUCUGCCGGCCUCAUCCUGCAGGUGCUGCUAUCUGGCGGCACGUGCCGCCACACGUUCGCCAAACAUCUGUAGAACAAACUAAGCAGUGACCUACUUCUGAUCUAAAACCACGCUGCGUUCAAGAGCAACUCAACUUUGCCACAUAACUGCAGUAGUAACUUAUUAUUAGUACCAAUGUUACAUGUACAGCGUAAAUUAAUUUGAUAUAUAGUCCUGAUUAUAUGUAUGAAACGGCACUGGGGCCAUAACUUUAACAAAUAAAGCAAAUGUACA